AUGAGCACUGUCCAGCCUAGCACUGUUAACAACGGUUACCCUCUCGCCACCAAUUCUCCCAACCACAGCAACUAUUAUCCCAGCCCUGGUGAUAGUAGUUACCUCAAUGGGGGAGGUAACCACUACUACAACACCUUCAACGGCUAUGCAACCGGAAUAUCUAAUCCCAACACUAGCAACCAUCUUAGCAACAUCAAUUAUGCCUCUGACAGCAAUAAUCCAGGCAUUUCCAACGGUACCUCUAAUUAUCCUGCUGAGUAUCUCACCAACGGUAUCAGCAGCGGCGCUCAUUAUGGCGACAGCCUGGCUGGCCAGAAUGGGCAGGUACACAUCAACUACCACCAGGGUCCGACAUGGGACGGUCCGAACGUCGGUCUUAUCAACGCACCACUCCCCAUCACACCCCGGCCUGCGGCCUUGCCUGCUCAGGUCAUUUCUCAGCCCCCCACCGUCACUGCUGGUUCCAGACGAGUGCGGCUGUGUCAAGGAUCAAGAAAGAAGGGAGUGCCCUGUAUCCACAACCCUCCCAAGAGGGCGUGGAAACAGACUGGCAAGGUACGGCAGUGCACCAAUUGUCUUGCAAACCCACCUGCCAGAGACGUUCGCGACGGCAUGGACGCACGCUUGGACGCUGGAAGAGUACCCUGCUCAAAAUGUUUUCGCAAGGACGCCCGUGACGGGGGCGGACUUUGCAAUACCUGCCUCAACAUGGGCAAGUCCAACAAAGCUCUACGGAAAAAGGGACAAGGGAAACGGUCCAAAAAGGCGACCAGGAACGACGAUUCGGGAUCCAAUCCUAGGGGUGGCCCGAGUGGUGGCCCUCCCAAGGGUGGUGGCAACGGUGGACAGGGUCCGCCCCCCAGUGCCGGUGCCGUUGGGGCCGUCCUUAGCGAGAGCGUUCAGUGGGCGUACUGA